UGUAUUAUCAACCUCUCUGUUCUAAUCACUUUACUACGAAGUAAGCAACAGGUCCAUAUAGUUAGGCUUUUGAAAAUGUUGACCGUGGACGAGAUCUGCAAGGCUCAGCGAGCACAAGGUCCAGCGGUGAUCAUGGCCAUCGGAACGGCUAAUCCACCGAAUUUUGUCGACCAGAGCACAUUUACGGAUUACUACUUUCGCAUCACCAAUAGCGACCACAAGACAGAGCUCAAAGAGAAAUUCAGGAGCAUUUGUGACAAAUCUAUGAUCACGAAGAGAUACAUGUACUUGACGGAGGAGAUACUUAAACAAAAUCCAAGUAUGUGCGAGUACAUGGCACCAUCACUGGAUGCUAGGCAUGAUUUGGUGGUAGCUGAGGUUCCAAAACUAGGUAAAGAAGCAGCCAUCAAGGCCAUCAAUGAAUGGGCUCAGCCCAAGUCCAUGAUCACCCACUUGGUCUUUUCCGCCACAAAUGGUGUGGACAUGCCUGGAGCUGAUUUGGAGCUCAUUAAGCUCUUGGGCCUAAACCUUUCCGUCAAGCGCACCAUGAUGUACCAACAAGGGUGUUUCGCCGGAGGCACGGUGCUCCGCCUCGCCAAGGAUCUGGCCGAGAACAACAAAGGUGCACGUGUACUUGUUGUGUGUUCGGAGAUCAACGUCGUCAAUUUUCGUGGGCCCAGUGAUAUUCAUUUUGAUAGUAAUUUGGGCCAAAUCUUGUUUGGAGAUGGAGCAGCUGCCGCUAUAGUCGGUUCGGAUCCGAUAGCCGGGGUUGAGAAGCCCAUGUUUGAACUGGUUUCAACAGCCCAAACUAUUCUUCCUGAUAGUGAGGGGGCUAUUGAGGGGCAUUUACGUGAAAUAGGGCUUACAUUGCAAAUCAUGCCCAAGAAAAUUCCUUAUAUGGUCUCAAACAACAUUGAGAAAAUACUGGUGGAGGCCUUCAACCCAUUGGGUAUAUCGGAUUGGAACUCCAUUUUUUGGAUUGCACACCCAGGUGGGCCACCAAUUCUUGACCAAAUUGAGCUCAAGGUGGGCCUGAAGCCCGAAAAAUUAAGAGCCACACGACACGUGCUUAACGAGUUUGGUAACAUGUCCAGUGCCACAGUACUAUUCAUCUUGGAUGAGAUGAGGAGGAGGUCCAUGGAGGAUGGGCUCAAGACAACUGGGGAGGGGCUGGAAUGGGGAGUGUUGUUUGGAUUUGGGCCUGGUUUUACUGUUGAAACAGUUGUGCUGCACAGUGUGGCAAUUUGAGGGGUGUUGUUUGUUAACUGUUUUUAUGGUUCUCUAUUUUUUUUUAUUUUUUUUUUUUUUAUAAUUUGCUAUUUUAUGGUGGCUUAGGCUUGUUGGAACCAGUCUUCACUUUGAACCUUCUGUGGGAAUUCUGAGGGAAACCUUGGAUGUUGUAGGUUGUGUUUUGUUUAACGAUGAAUAAUGUGUUUCAUUUUAUGUGCCUUUUUAUUUUUAUUGUUUUUUAA